AUGAGGACAGCAGGCAGGGUGCGGUUGGUGGUGUGGGUGGCAAUCGCGUAUCUGAUGGCGUUCCCUCCUCUCACAGAGACAAGGAUGGAAGAAAGUAUGGAGCCCCACCCGACAUCAACGGAAAAGCCAGAGACGGAGGCACCACGCAUCGAGCUGAAAAUGGGCAAAUGCUUUCACAUGUCCCGGGAGCAUUGCCCCACGGACCAGCGGUGCAAACGAGUGGACCCUGUGUCCGUCUUCUGUUGUGACGUAGACAGCUUUCGACUAAGAGAGGCUCUUGCUAUCACAAUGACCCAGAACACGACAAAUCUGCACGUUCUGAACGCGACGAUUAAGGAGCUGGAUGUGUCACAAUCCACAUUUAGAAGACUCACUUCGAUGGCACUCACAGAUGGAAAUAUCGGCAAGAUUGUUGGUCAAUUCCCUAAGUACUCCUCGAUUGCAUGCCUGAACAUCUCCAACAAUAACCUGAGCAGCAUCACGCCGCAGCCACCAGGCCAGCGACCUUUCGCCUAUCUCUUCACACUGUCCAUACUCGACGCUUCUGCUAACAAUCUAACAGAGUUCCCGCUGAGCCUCGUACAGAGUAAUAGGAAGAUACAUGUUGACCUCUCGGGCAACAAUUACCUGCCCUGCAAGCACUUCCAGAAGGCAAUGGAGGCUAACAACGGCUCUCUUCUGCAGUUCCUUAACCACGAAAACACCUACUGUGCCCUCGACCUGCGAUUCAACUGGUUCCAGAACGUGCAGAUCGUUCAGAUUGACCACUUGCAAGUUCAGAAAGAUUUAAACAAGAGCUGCCAAGACAUAAAGCCAGCGAACAUUAACUGCACGUGCACGACCAUGCUUGAGCUGGUGCUCCACCGUGAGGCUACUUACGUAGUGGCUGUGGACUGCUCCCAGCGCGGUCUCACGCAGCUGCCCACCGGUCUACCCAAUAACACUGUUAACCUGAAUGUGUCUUAUAACAACAUAACGUCCCUCCAAGCAAUAGCGGACGACGCGUCGUACGAUCACUUGCGAUGGUUGAUAGCAGACCACAACGACAUUGGCAGCAUUGUGGAGCUCGAGGGAUCCAAGUUCAUUGACAACUUCAGGCUCUUCUCCAUCACUCAUAAUAAACUCAGAUCUAUCCACCCUUACGUGCUGUCGAACCGUCUUGAGACAGCCGGCGCCACAAUGCUCAUCGCUGAAAACCACAUUCACUGCGACUGCAACACCGAGAAAGUUGUCAAGCCGUGGCUUCUCGAACAUAACACGGCGUUACUGGACUACAAAGACCUCUGGUGCGACAACAACAUGGGCCCUGUCGUGGAAUUGAAAGAGUUCCAGGUCUGCCACACUCCGCGUGACUGGACGGACUACAUCUACUACAUCAUAGGGCUAGAGGCCCUGGUGUUAGCGCUUCUGAUUAGCAAGGUCUCUUACGACUACUGGGUGUUUAAGACCGCGGGAUACUUGCCGUGGCCAGCCAACAAAAUGCCAAGGUUGCCUUGCGAUUGGCUUUGCGAAUAA